UUGACCCCGGUCGUAGUUUUUGGCCUUCGCCUUGGUUUUUGGAUCCAGUCCACUGAUUGUGGUCGCCUUAUCGCAAUCCGUGUCGGCUACAAAACAGCCCCGCCGCCGAGCAGAACCAACCAGUCGGUGGCAAACAGUGCCGGCGUUAGACAGAUCAAUCCCAUUUCCAAACCGGAGCCCAAAGAGCCAAACCCGCCAUGUAUUUGGAGCUCAUUGCGAUUGUCCUGACGACCCUGUUCGUGUGGGACUACAUGAGGAACAGGCGUCACAAUGUGAUGUACGCCGCCGCUGGCAUCCGUGGACCCAGGAGCUAUCCUUUUGUGGGCAGUGCGCCCAUCUUGAUCAACGAGUCACCCAAAACUGUCUUCGAUCUCCAAUUCCGAUUGAUUGCACAGUAUGGCAAGAACGUCAAAAUUAACAUGAUGGGUGAACGCGGCUUCAUGACCGCCGAUCCCAAGAUGAUUGAAGCCAUCAUGAGCAGCCAGCAGACCAUUCAGAAGAACAAUCUUUACGGGCUGCUGGUCAACUGGCUCGGCGAUGGUCUGCUCUUAAGCAAGGGAAAGAAGUGGUUCCGCCGCAGGAAGAUCAUCACGCCCGCCUUCCACUUCAAGAUCCUCGAGGACUUCGUGGAGGUCUUCGACCAGCAGAGCGCCGUCAUGGUCCAGCAGCUGUAUGACCGGGCGGAUGGCAAGACGGUGAUAAACAUGUUCCCGGUGGCCUGUCUGUGUGCCAUGGACAUCAUUGCGGAAACGGCCAUGGGUGUGAAGAUCGAUGCUCAGCUGCAGCCGCAGUUCUCCUACGUUCAAUCGGUCACCACUGCCUCCGGCAUGUUGGCUGAGCGCCUCAUGAAUCCAUUGCAGCGUACGGAUUCCCUAAUGAAGAUCCUUUAUCCCAAGCUGUUCACCAAGCUGGAUGAUUCUGUGAAGAACAUGCAUAAUUUCACCAACUCGGUAAUCACUGAGCGUCGCGAUCUUCUCCAGAAAUCCCUUGCCGAUGGAGGAAACGCCACGGCAGACCAUGUGAACGAUGUGGGCCAGAAGCGUCGCAUGGCCCUGCUGGAUGUGCUGCUGCAGUCCACCAUCGACGGAGCUCCCUUGAGCAACGAGGACAUCCGCGAGGAAGUAGACACCUUCAUGUUCGAGGGCCACGACACCACCACCAGCAGCAUCGCUUUCACCCUCUAUUUGCUGGCUCGGCAUCCAGAGGUGCAGGCUCGCGCCUUCCAGGAGAUCCGAGAUGUCCUUGGCGAUGACAAGUCGACUCCAGUCACUAUGCAGCAACUGGGCGAACUCAAGUACUUGGAGUGUGUGAUCAAGGAGUCUCUGCGGCUGUUUCCCUCGGUGCCGCUAAUUGGACGCCACAUCACCCAGGACACCGUACUGGAUGGCAAACUCAUACCGGCCCACUCCGAUGUGCUCAUUCUGAUUUACCAUGCCCAGCGUGACCCGGAGUACUUCCCCGAUCCGGAGAAGUUCCUACCGGAGCGCUUCAGCUUGGAGCGCAAGGGCGAGAUCAACCCAUUCGCCUACACUCCCUUCUCCGCGGGUCCGAGGAACUGCAUCGGCCAGAAGUUCGCCAUGCUGGAGAUAAAGAGCACCAUCAGCAAAAUGCUGCGACACUUUGAGUUGCUGCCUCUCGGUGAGGACGUCCAGCUGGUGCUGAACCUCAUCCUGCGUUCCACCACGGGUAUUAACUGUGGCAUCAAGCCACGCGUCUAUUAGGUGUUCCUGGGUGAUAUUCUUUUUUUAACUAGUUUUAUGUGAACUGUAAAUACUGCAAUAAAAUACGUGUACAAAUGUG